AACAGCCUAGGUAUCCUGUGGUCUAAAAGGGAUGAAAUUGAAACUGCGCAGACUUACCUGGAAUCUGCAGAGGCCUUGUAUAAUCAGUACAUGAAGGAGGAUGGAAAUCCUCCCCUGGAUCCCAGUGAACACUUCAUGGGAGAAGAAGUAAAGCUCACAGACCAAGAAAGGUCCAAAAGAUUUGAGAAAGCCUACACACAUACUCUGUAUUACCUGGCACAAGUCUACCAGCACCUGGAGAUGAUUGAGAAGGCUGCUCAGUAUUGCCACACUACUCUGAAACGACACUACUACCCAGUGGAGUGGGCACUCAAUGCUGCCACUUUGUCACAGUACUAUCUCUCUAAGCAAUGCUUCAUGGAGGCCAGGCACUGUCUAGCAGCAGCCAGCGUCAUCUUCAGCCAAGCUGGGCAGGUGCCAUCUGCUGAAGACAAUGAAACAGAGCAAGACCAGCAGGACCUUCAGCAGAGGAAAGCUGAAAUUGCCAGAUGCUGGAUUAAGUAUUGCCUGAAUCUCUUGCAGAGUGCUCGGAAAUUACUUGAGGAUAACAUUGGAGAGCUGGAUCCAGACAGGCAGUUGGAGCUUAAAGCCCAAAGGAGGAAAGAAGAGGAUGAAAAAGAGAAGGGCAGGAAAAAAGCUGUCCUUUUUGGUACAAGUGAUAUAUGUGACUCUGUCUUAGCCAUGGAGGAGAAAGUGAGCAGUGUAUAUCCCUUAGAUUUCCAAGAAGCCAGAGAAAUCUUCCUGGUUGGUCAGAACUAUGUUCAGGAAGCAAAAGAGUUCUUUCAGGUCGAUGGUUAUGUCACUGACCAUAUUGAAAUAGUUCAGGAUCACAGUGCUCUGUUUAAGGUACUUGCUUUCUUUGAAGAGGACUAUGAGAGGCGCUGCAAGAUGCACAAGCGUAGAAUAGACAUGCUGGAGCCUAUCUAUGCAGACCUGAAUCCCCAGUACUACCUGCUGAUCAGCAGGCAGCUGCAGUUCGAGCUGGCUGACACAUACUAUGAGAUGAUGGAUUUAAAGGUGGCUAUUGGUAACAGGUUAGAGAAGCUAGACUCUCACACAGUGAAAAAAAUUAAUUCUCUGGCUCAGUGUGCAAUCAAGUAUUAUGAACUCUUCUUGGAUUCUCUGAGGAACCCUGAUAAGGUGUUCCCUGAAAUGCUUGAGGAAGAUGUUCUUCGCCCUGCAAUGGUGGCUAAAUUUCAUAUUGCACGACUGUAUGGUAAGCUUAUUACUUCAGAUAGCAAAAAGCAACUGGAAAAUAUGCAGACAUCACUGGAGUAUUACACAUUUCUGGUAGACUAUUGUGAGAAGUACCCAGAUGCUGUCCGUGCCGUUGAAACGGAACUAGAGCUCAGUAAGGAGAUGGUGACUCUUCUUCCAGCAAGAAUGGAGAGGCUGAGAGCAAAGCUGUCUCCGUUUGUGUAAAUCCUGGCCCUGCAGGAGGUGGGCACGGUCAGCUGCCUGUCCCAGGCAGUGCUGGUGGACAGCUGCUCUUCU